AUGGACCUGGAGGCAUUCACCCUGGAGAUAAAGAACCUUAGGGGUGAGGCGUUGAAGUGCCACACCUGCGUGGCGGCCAACGAGGAGGAGUGCAACCGGCAGGGCUCCGCCAGCUGCCCACAGUACGCAGACGCCUGUUCCACCAUCACAGGGCCAAACACCGUGAUGAAGUCCUGCUCCUACAAGUCCUUCUGUGACAAGGCAAACCAAGGAAACUCAGGAGCCAAGAUGGAGUGCUGUUUCUCUGAUGACUGCAAUGGGCCUCACAAGGGCCACAGACACAAUGCUGCAGGGGCCCUGGGCUCCAGCCCCUCCCUGCUGCUAGGGGCCUUGCUGCUUCGAGUGGUCUUCGGCCACCUCUAA